AUGAACCCCUCAGACUGGAUUGACGUUACCACUGAAAAGAAUCACUAUUCGCUUGACCAUUUUGUGAUUCCUGACCAUUACGACGAGGAUGUUUCAAGUAUCCUGAUUCCUCAUGGUGUUAUUAUGGACCGCAUCAAGAAGUUGGCAAGAAUGAUUGUGGAUGAUUCGCCUGGACCCUUAGUGGUUUGUUGUGUAUUGAAGGGUGGCCAUCAGUAUUUUGCUGAUUUGGUGGAUGAGAUCAAAAAGCUUCGUAGAAUCAACGGCACAAGCGUACAACUCUCUUUAGAGUUCAUCCGAGUCAAAUCUUACAUGAAUGACACUUCGUCUGGUGGAGUCAAGAUAUCGUUGACUGAUGCAGAAUUGCAAGAGUUCAAAGGAAAGAAUCUGUUGAUUGUCGAAGAUAUCAUUGAUACAGGUGCAACCAUGGUCAAGUUGCUGGAUAGAUUAGCGCUUAUUGAACCACAAUCAGUGCGUGUUACCAGCCUGUUAAUCAAGAAGACACCUAGAAGCAAUGGCUACAUUCCAGAUUAUGUAGGAUUCGCUAUUCCCGAUGCAUUUGUUGUAGGCUAUGCUUUGGAUUACAAUGAAUAUUUCAGAGACCUUGAUCAUAUUUGUGUGAUUAGCGUAAGUUAUAUAUAA